GACUUUUCAGGUAUUGAGUUAAACAAAAGAAAGCUCAGUAUGUGUGAAUAUCCCAUGCCUCAUUAAUAAUGUGUGAUGAGACAUAGUGCUACUUAAAAAAGCACUCUAGUAAUCGUGGGUGUCAAAGAAAAAAAAAUCACAUGUCUUAUAAAAUAUUCAUUUACGAUGUCAUGAAUGUCGACCCAUAACAUUGUAAAUUGAGAACAUAAAUUAAUACUUAUCAAACAAAUAAAAUCAGCAAAGAGCCAACAUCAUGAAAAAAUGUGAGUGGUUAUAUAUACUGUUCAAUUAUUUGGUUACUUAUUUCUUGGUCUAGUGUUGUAUUCUUCAAUCUAUUUAUAAAACUUUUUUUAUUCAAGUGAAAUUCCCACAUUUGGUUGUAAUCAUAGACACCUUGUAUUUGUUUCACUAUAAAUAUUCCCUAAAAUGAGGGAAAGAACAAAAGACAGCUGGUUACCCUAAUUGCAACAUGCUUUGUUAAAAUUUUGAGGAUUUGUUCACGUUUUGUAACAAGGAACAAAAUUUGUUUUAUUAUUAUCGACCGUGUUUGUGAAAGGGAUAAUAGAAAACUUAGUCGUUUAGUGACAAGUAACUAGACCUUCGUUUCUUGGUAGGUGGUUUAGGUAAAUGUUUUGGUUAGUGAAGUAUUUAAUGGCUUACCAAACUAAUCACAGCUGAGUUUAUUUCAUUUUAUGUUUUCACCUACCUUUUUUACGGAGUUAAAAUCGAAUAAAAAAGGUGUCGAAGAACUAAGAGAUCGUGGUGAGAUAAUCACUCACCGUUUACAAUUAGAUUUUCUUUUGGAAAAGUUGCAAAUAUAAUCUUUAAGGUAAGUCGAAGGGAAAAUAAAAAUGGUGAGAUCCAGGCAGGUAAUCAUAAUAAGUCGAUCUAGUCACAUUCGGAUUACUCAUCACCAUUUAUUGGAUUAAAGGAGAAGCGCAAAGCAACAACAGACAACCCAAGGUAUUUAUAAUACAAACCCUGUAAUAUAAUAGCUAAUAUGUAGGAGUCACAUAAGCAAUGCCAUAAGUUCAUUCACGACUUUUCGAUGUUUACUAUUAUGUUAUAGUCUAAAAACUCAGUCAUUGAUUAUCAAAGUUUAAAUCUUAGUCGCCGACAUUUGUUUAGCAUGUAUUUUUUUUCAUAAAGGUGUCCUUAAAAUAUUUAAUAAAAUAUGAAUCUGUGUUGAGCAAGUUGCAUAAACAUUUACCACAUUCCAAGCAGGUCGUUAGUACUUCUACAUAAACGCGUACAUGUUCUUGUUCAUUAAUAUGUACUAAUGUUCUUUCUGAUUUCCUAGCUUUGACAUAAAUACAGCUAUGGUGAUCUUCAGCUAUGAAGCAGAGGUGACCACCUCCAUCCCUCCGGCGAAGAUGUUCAAGGCCUUUGUCAUCGACGGCGCCAAGAUCGCCUUAGAAACCUUCCCGGAUUUACUCAAGAGCAUCACCAUCGAAGGCGACGGCGGCCCUGGAACCAUCAAGGAAGUCCAUUUUACCGACGCGAACCCGUUCAAGUCUGUGAAGGAAGUAGUGGACGAGCUGGACAAGGAGAAGCUGAUCUACGGCUACACUGCGACCGGAGGGGAUACAGUUAUCGCCGGCGUCGAGAAAAUCUCUUACCGAAUGGUGCUGGAGGAAUCAGCCAACGGCGGAACGAUCUGCAAGCGCAGCACCAAGUUCUUCACCUCCGAAGACGGAGGGAACGGGGAGAAGGAAACCAAGGCUGCUCAUGAGGAAAUGCGGCAGAUGUUCUCUUCUAUAUUCAAGGCUUUCGAAGGCUACCUCCUGGCCAAUCCUGCAUCUUGAAAAUUGCAAACGUACUGAGCUUUGAAUACAAGAAAUCUCUCCUUAUUGCUACUCCAGAACCAUCUUAUUAGACUAUUGAAGAUGAAAAUUUAAGAAAUGUCUAAAUUCAUGUAUGUUGAUCGUCUAACUGAUGCGAAAUCGAGCUAAAUUAACAACAAAAGGAGGAGCCUUACUCAACUAAACGAUAUACAUAGUAUGAUUGUAUAAAACCUCUCGAACUUCUCCUUACCUGUACAAACUGGUAUAUGUGCAGUUGCAAAGUUGCAAAGCUACGACGGCAUAACAUGUUCUCUGUC